AUGUCGCGCAGAAAGCAAGGCAAGCCGCAGCACCUGAGCAAGCGGGACUUCUCACCUGCGGAGCCGGUGUCUGGAGCCGUGGUGCCGUCAGAGGAGCUGCUGGACUCAGGUCUGAGCGGUCACCCUCCGCUGGGGUCCGCUCUGUCCCGCCUCGAGCCGCCGCCGUCACGCCUCGAGCUGGGGUCACGCUUUGACAUCAGUCGCCAUGACCUUUCCACCCGCCACGACCUCUCUACCCGCCUGGACUCCACCCGCCACAACCUCUCUACCCGCCUGGACUCCACCCAGCUGGACUCCACCCGCCACGACCUCUCCACCCGCCACGACCUUUCCACCCGGCUAGACUCCACCCGCCUGGACUGUCCCUCCUGCCCUGAAGUCUCCCGGAGCUCGGACCUCCAAUCACGCUUUGAUCUCCCUCGCCGCUCCAACCUGGGAUCUCGGGCUGAUGCAUCAACGCGCCCAGAGGCAGCCCGCCAUGACUCGUCUCACCAUGACCCGUCCCGCCAUGACCCGUCCUCCCCGUCCUCUGCGGCUCACGACCUGCUCACCUGUGGCCAGUGCCAGGCCUCGUUCAUGCUGGGAGACAUUGUCCUCUUUAUCGACCACAAGCGGAAGCGUUGCCACGGCGCGUCGUGCUUGAGGGGGCGUGGCCUGGACAAGCCACCGUCACCUGCGCCUGGGCUCGCGCUCACGCCGGCGCACGUGCUCAGGGGGGGGAGGGGCCCCGUGGAGGUCGGCGUGCAGGUGGACCCACGGGAUGGAGCCAAGACCGAGUCACCGAGAGCUGUGUGUCCCAAAGUGGAGCCAGGGAAGGAGGAGCCGAGCACCUACACCUGCACCACGUGUAAGCAGCCGUACGGCAGCGCCUGGUUCCUGCUGCAGCACGCGCAGCUCGCUCACGGCUUCCGCAUAUGUCUGGACUCGGAGCUGUGCAGCCCGCUGACGCCGCGCACGGGCGCCGCUGCGCUGCGAGGUGGCGGCGCGGCGUGUGCCUCUCAACCGCCACUGCACGGUCUCCACCUGCCGCCGCACGCCAGCCCCUUCAACCUGCUGCGCAUUCCCGGCUCGGGCUCCGGAGGGCGGGAGAGUGCAGGUCAGACGCAGAGGUUUCCGCCGACUCCUCCUCUGUUUAGCCCGCACCAGCUGAACCCACACCACGACCGCAACCACAACCAGGAGCAUGACCCUCACCACCUGGACCGGAACCUGGACCCACAUCACCUGAACCCAGAGGAGAUGGCCCUGGCGGCUCACCAUCCCAGUGCCUUUGAUCGUGUGCUGAGGCUGAACCCGCCGCACCCCCUUGAUGCGCCUCCUUCCAUGGAUUUCUCACGUCGUCUUAGAGAACUGGCUGGAAACACCUCGUCGCCGCCCCUGUCCCCGCGCCGCCCCAGCCCCAUGCAGCGCCUGCUCCAGCCGUUCCAGACCUCAGGAAGCAACGGCAGCAUCAGCAGCGCAGGGAAAGCCACGUAUCUGUCUACACCACCGCCGAACGCAGCCUCAACGCAGUCUCCGGUGAGAGCGCAGCAAACAACCCCCACCUCCUCCGCGCCUGUGCUCCCGGCCUCCGGAGACAGCAACGCACUCAACGCCAAAACCAAGUGCUGCGAGUUCUGCGGGAAGUCGUUCAAGUUCCAGAGCAACCUGAUCGUGCACCGACGCAGCCACACGGGCGAGAAGCCGUACAAGUGCCACCUGUGCGACCACGCCUGCACCCAGGCCAGCAAGCUCAAGCGCCACAUGAAGACGCACCUUCACAAGGCGUCUUCUCCAAACGCCACCAAGUCUGAGGACGGUCUCUCUGCGGCCUCAUCUCCUGAGCCGGGCACCAGCGAGCGAACGGCCAGCAACGCACUCAAGUCUGUGGUGGCCAAACUGAAGCGCGAGAAUGGCCGCCUGCUUCGGGAAAACGGUGAAGAGGAGGAGGAGGAGGAAGAGGAGGAGGAGGAGGAAGAAGAGGAGGAAGAGGAGGAGGAGGAGGAAGAGGAGGAGGAAGAAAUGGAAGUGAUGCAAAACGGCGUGGAGCAUCGGCGCGACAGCUUCCACUUCAGCCUGAACCUGGAUGACAGAACAGACAAUAGCACUCUGCUCGGCCCGCGGCACCUGGAGGACAACGCUCUGCUCGGCCCGCGGCACCUGGAGGACAGCGCUCUGCUCGGCCAGCGGCACCUGGAGGACAGCGCCCUGCUCGGCCAGCGGCACCUGGAGGACAACGGUCUGCUCGGCCCGCGGCACCUGGAGGACGCAGCCCUGCCGCGGUCACUGCCGGAGGUGAUGCAGGGGAUGGGGCUGGCCGCAAGCAUGCACCACUUCAGUGAAGCUCUGAGCGCACACAAACGCAACGCGGCGGCACAGGAGAACCACGUGAACCACCACUCAAGCCGCGGCGCCCGGGAGGACGCAGAGUCUGUGCUGGAGCUCGAGCGCACUGAGGAGAUUCCAGCUGUGAACGGUCGUCUGGCGUCUCCCAAUGAAUCAGCUGCGAUCGGACUGAGCAAAAAACUGCUGUUGGGCAGCCCCAGCCCGCUCAGCCCGUUCACCAAACGCAUCAAACUGGAGAAAGAGUUUGACCUUCCCACGCCGACGAUUCCCAACACGGAAAACGUAUACUCCCAGUGGCUGGCGGGAUACGCAGCGUCCCGACAACUCAAAGACCCUUUUCUAAACUUCGGGGACUCGAGACAAUCGCCCUUCGCCUCAUCGUCUGAGCACUCGUCAGAGAACGGCAGCUUGCGCUUCUCGACGCCGCCAGGCGAGCUCGACGGCAGGAGCGGCACGGGGAGUGGGGGCAGCACUCCGCACCUGGGGGGUCCCGGCCGCCCCAGCUCCAAGGACGGGCGUCGCAGUGACACGUGUGAGUACUGCGGCAAGGUGUUCAAGAACUGCAGCAAUCUGACAGUGCACCGGCGCAGCCACACGGGCGAGCGGCCGUACAAGUGUGACUUGUGCAGCUACGCCUGCGCACAGAGCUCCAAACUCACGCGCCACAUGAAGACGCACGGGCAGGUGGGCAAGGACGUGUACAAGUGCGAGAUCUGCCAGAUGCCCUUCAGCGUCUACAGCACCUUGGAGAAACACAUGAAGAAGUGGCACAGCGACCGGCCGCUCAGCACCGAGAUCAAGUCGGAGUAA